CGGUGGCUGUAAAAUUAUAUAUACUACCUUAUAUAUGUAAGAUUCGUACAUUGUAUGUACACAUAGACCUAUAUACUGCAUAUUAGCUUGAUUCAUAUUUUUUAAUCUAUUAUUGCGUCUUGUGGCGCCACCGCGUAUAUAAAAUAAUCGUAAUAUUUUAUAGCGGUUCUGAGUUUCUAAUCUCGUACGAGAUUUUACGUCUCGUGCAGAUGUGUAAGUGUGUGACACGUCAAGAAUGUGACACAUACCCACGUGCGGAAAAUGCGUCAAGUAUUUUGCUUUUUUGUUCAAUUAUUAUUUUAACAUGUGCGUAGAAUAUGGUGAUUAAUAUUGUGCUGAAAGUUAACUGUUUGUGGAUGCGUAUUAUGAAAUAAUUUGAACAGUUAUUUGCGCAUAAAAAUAACGUAUAAAAAUGCUGAAACGGCGGCACGUUAAUGUUAAAACGGUCAAAGAACUGGAUGCGUUCCCGAAAGUUCCUGAGCUAUACAUCGACAAAACUGCAGUUGGAGGAACAUUCUCAAUUUUUACCAUCCUUAUCAUUGCAUACUUGAUAAUAGCUGAAACAAGCUACUUCCUUGACAGCAGAUUACAAUUCAAAUUUGAGCCGGACACCGAGAUCGAUGCAAAGUUACAGAUUAACAUCGACAUAACGGUAGCGAUGCCAUGCGGUCGCAUCGGUGCUGAUGUUUUAGAUUCUACAAACCAGAACAUGAUAGGUUAUGAUUCCUUGACGGAGGAGGAUACAUGGUGGGAGCUAACGUCAGAGCAGAGAGCACACUUUGAGGCUCUCAAGCACAUGAAUUCCUAUUUAAGAGAGGAAUACCAUGCCAUCCAUGAAUUGCUGUGGAAAUCCAAUCAAGUUACGCUUUAUGGCGAGAUGCCAAAACGGUCGUACACACCAGACUACCUACCAAACGCUUGUCGCGUUCACGGUAGUCUGAACGUGAACAAAGUAGCGGGCAACUUCCACAUAACUGCUGGAAAAUCCUUAUCUCUGCCACGUGGGCACAUACACAUCUCGGCAUUCAUGACCGAUCGGGAUUACAACUUCACUCACAGGAUCAAUAAGUUUUCUUUCGGCGGACCUAGCCCAGGAAUCGUACAUCCACUCGAAGGGGACGAGAAGAUCGCCGAUAACAAUAUGAUGCUGUAUCAGUAUUUCGUGGAAGUUGUUCCUACAGAUAUUCGGACGUUGCUGAGUACGUCCAAGACCUACCAGUACAGUGUCAAGGAUCAUCAAAGGCCGAUUGACCAUCACAAGGGGUCUCACGGGAUACCAGGGAUCUUUUUCAAAUAUGACAUGAGCGCGCUCAAGAUCAAAGUCACCCAGGAACGUGAUACGAUCUUUCAGUUCUUGGUGAAACUCUGCGCCACCGUGGGCGGCAUUUUUGUUACGAGCGGACUGAUUAAGAAUAUCGUACAAAGCUUCUGGUAUGUUGCGUAUUGCAAGUUCUUGAACAGUGAGAGCAAGUCGGAUAAUCAAAGGAUAUCUGUCCCACCGCACUCUACCAACUAUCGGUCACCCAAUACGAUAAACUUGCUCGAAGUCGGAGCGCCUCAAAGUAUCGAUAUCAUGCUGAAACCUCGAUGAAAGCUAUUCGUAUUAUAAUCGUUCACGAUGCGAGUGUAAGGAACUCGUGGAAAAAACGUUUACGGACCUAAGUCAGUGUAUGAACGUGUGCUUAUGCUGUAUGUAUGUACAUUAUCCGUGUAUCUACAGUAUUACAAAAGCGUCAUUAAAUUUUUUAAACUGAUCCUCAAUGUCGAUUAAUAAAAUUUUUAUUCUUAUCUAAUG